ACGGCCAGUGUGUAAAGUGCGUUAUCGAACGGAGUUCCUUCGUCGUCUCGCGAAUGAAAAGUAAUAUUUUGUGCCACAGAAGGAACAGACGUAUGUGAAGAAAGAGGGACGCUAAUCUUUCGGCUGUCAUUAUUCUGGAAUAUAGAAAAAAACAUAUGGAUUACUGUUUUACCAAUCAAUAUGAGAACUCUCAAAUUAAAGAGACUUUUCGAAAUGUCUCUAGUCCAGAAAUGUUCGAUAGUGAUACCGAAAGUGAUACAUAUAAGGAAAAUGUUGAGGCAUUAACCGACGACAAUAGUAUAUUGGCAGUGAUUCCUCCUCGAGAACCUACUCAGGCUGAAUUGAUUGCAAAAUCAGAUAGUUAUACGCUGGUUAGAAUUAAUAAGUUUUUGAGUGGUGUCCCACCUCCGCCAAGACAUACGACAUGCCAAAGCGAUUGCUCUGAUUUUCUACGACACAUUUAUGAAAAUCAUCGAUUGUUUUAUAUUGGAUGCCCAUUUUCCAAUGGAAGUUCAGAAACUACGGAAAGUACAAAGCCCCAGCAACAGAGACCCAUAGAAACUAACAAUAAAAAUAUUUCGUAUCAAUGUGCAAAAGGUACUCCGAGGAAUUUGACUAAUGCUUUUGACGCUUGUGAUUUGUUAGCUGAUAGUACCGAAGAUACAAAAUUAGACAUAAACAAUAGCGAUUGCGAUAAUUUGAAUGUACAAUAUAAUGUUCCUAAGGAGAUAAACAAUCCAGUUAAUACAAUUAAAGAAACAGUUCUACCAGGCGUAGACAAGUCAGAUUUAUCUCAGGAUCAUUCUCCUCUUCUUUAUCAUACGAUUGGUGAAGAAGAGGCUAAAGCUUUAACAUGGCCUCAGGCUUAUUCUCACAAGUUCCAUGGCAUAUAUUAUAACAGAAGCAGAACUGUAGAGGAGUUUGAGAAUUUAACAGUUAAAUUGUGUGAAAGAUACAUAGGAGCUGAGACACAAUCUACUUGUAAUAUAUGGUUUUCCAAACAACCGGGAAGUGCGAGGAAGCGAAGUUUAUUGAUGAAACACAGAAAUGGUCAAAGUCCAGAGAAGAGAUUGACGCAUUUAACCAAAAGACGUAGGACUUUCUGUAGCGCUAACUUGAAAGGAUUGGGACUAAUCACUGAUAAAAGACAGUUAAUGAUACCAAUUAAGAAACUUACACAUAAAAAAGGAAAAAGUCCUAGAAGUAAAAGUCUACGUGGUAAAAGUCCAAGAGGUAAGAGUCCUCGAGGUAAAAGUCCAAGAAGUUCAGCAAAGAAGAAAGUAGUUCGGAGAUUAAUGCUAGAUGAGUCAAGUCCAUGUAAAUCCAAAUUAGAAACUUCGAAGCGUGCAUUGUUUCAAAGUCCCCCAUCAGAUCAUGCUGGUCCUAGCAAAUUAUUAGGUACAAAUAAUACGGAUACUCAAAAAAUUAAACGCGUUUUAUUUUCAACACCAAAAAAGAACGAAUCUGAAGAUGCGAAACAAACCUCUUCAAGAGAAGAAAGUAGAAAAAGAAAAUGUGAAGAAGAAUUACAAGGGCCACGAUUGAAAUGGGCGAAAAGCUUAUCGUUUGAUUGCAUGCACGAAAUAAGAAGUACGUCAAAGGUUACGUGGGAUAGACAUUCGUCGAGCAGUAUUCUAUCGAAAAAUGAAACGUCUGUCAAUCAAGGAAAGAACGAACUAAGCGAUACUCAUAGAAAGAAAUUACUUUGGGCAGUUGCGGAGGCCCUACGAAGCAAAGGCAUUGGCAUGAGUCAUCCGAAAUUUAAACAGUAUGCUGCAAAUUUGGCACGCACAGUCAAAAAAUUUAUGCCUGAUCUUGAAAAUAGAAAUAUUCCACGAAAACCUGGAAGUACAAGCGAUCGUAUGUUGAAACUAGCCAAGCAUCACGUACUGUUUCUUAUCGAUACUAGGUCAAUAAAUUGACAGUACUUAUUAGUACAAUUAGUAAAAUUCAGAAAGUAUGAAAGAUUUAAUCUUUCGCAAAUACAGGACAUUACUAAAAUGACCAAAUAUAUGGGUGCUUAUACCUUUAGCCGACGUGUGUUUACACUAUGAUUUUUAUAUAACUUAAUAAUAUAAGAUAAAAUGUGUUACGGUAAUGAGGUAAGAUUUAAAAAUUGGGAUGUGUAUAUUGUUACACCCACAUACAGGGUAUUGAACAUUUUUUAU